AAAAGCAUGAGGAGUCAUUCACAAAAUUCUUGCAUGUUUUCUGGCAAAAGCCACUUCCUUUGUGGGGAAAAAAAAAUCAAGAUAAAUAAAAACAAGGAAGCGGAGCUCUGACGUAGCAGUGGUUACAAAACCUUUCUCGAUGCCACUGCGACCCCACUGUGGCUGGGGCAGCCUGUGUAUGCAGCAUAGGGGCACAGAGAGGAGCCAGGGGACGAGUCCAGGGACACCCUGCUGACCAGGAAACAUUCCUCGUUGCACAAUUGGCCUGAGGGGAAUCCGCUCCAGGAUCUGGAUUUGAGGGGAGCCUGAGAUGCCAGGAAACCAACGUGGAUCUGCCCAAGCCCUUCUGGAAAAACAGCCCUAGCCUGCUGAUUCACCAAAGCUAACACCAGGACCGCAUCCCACCACUGCCUGGCCUCCUGCCAUGGAGCCGAACCACACGGCCCUGUCUCCUACACCACCCACGCCAACGCCCGAUGGAGAAGACGCGUGCGAGAUCGAUGUCCCCGACAUGGCUGUGGAUGGCGCCACACUGCUCAUCUGCCUCUGCGGGCUGGUGGGCAAUGGGGCUGUCCUCUGGCUUCUCGGCUGCCGCAUCCGCAGGAACCCCAUCACCGUCUACGUCCUCAACCUGGCCGUCGCUGACUUCACCUUCCUCCUCUUCAUGCUCACCUCCGCGCUCCUCUACAUCCUGGACAACCUCUCCUGCAGCGCCUUCCCUGUCUUCACGUACCUCAGGUCGUUCCUCCUGCCCCUGCUGCUCACCCACAACAUGGGCAUGUACCUCCUCACAGCCAUCAGCAUCGAGAGGUGCGUGUCCGUCGUCUGCUCCAGCAGCCCCUGUGGCCACCGCCCCCAGCACCUGUCGGCCGUGGUGUGUGCCCUGCUCUGGGCCCUCUCCAUCACUGUAAUUGCUGCAGUAGCUUUCCUGUGCCUGUCACACCAGCACGAGCAAUGCCGUCUGGCCCUCAUCUCCAUGUACGCCCUCAACUUCGCUGUCUUUGCACCAUCCAUGGUCAUCUCUAGCACACUUCUCUUCAUUAAGGUCCAGUGCGGCUCCCAGCAACGCCAGCCCAGGAGGCUCUACAUCGUUAUCUUCCUCACCGUCCUCUUCUUCCUCCUCUUCGCUCUCCCCCUUAGCAUCUGGAAUUUCCUGCAGCAUGUCAGUUACAUGCUGGGGCAGUCCCAGGUGGUUUUUCUGCUUGCCUGCAUCAACAGCAGCAUCAACCCUUUCAUCUACUUCCUGGUGGGGAGCUGCCGGAGGCGCUGCUCCUUGGUGUCCCUCCAGGUCGCCUUCCGGAGGGUCUUCGAGGAGUCGGCCGACAACACAGUGUGCAGUGACAAUGCCACGAUGGACACGCUGAGCCCGGUCUGUUGAAGCCUUUCUGCUACUCUGCUUAAGGCCCCCCCAGAUGAUGUCCGGGGGUUUCACUGGGGACCCAGAUCAAUAAAUGUCUGCCCUAUUUCCCCAGA